AGUUUUUCAAAAAUGAAAAGAAAAUCAAAUUCCACUGAGCUUUUAUUUUUUUUUAGAAUAUAGCUUUUAUUUGUUUUAGUAGCAAAAAAAAAAGUUCCAUUUUUACAUGCAUUGACGGUUUCUUAAACAUUUUCUUCUUUUUCAACUCCGUUUCACCACUUUUCGCAACAUGGAAAGAGCCUAGGAUUGUGAGCUGUAAGCCUGCAACAGUCUUUUUCUCUUAAAAACUUUUUAACUGGGUUUUUAUCGAUUUCCCUCUUUUAAGCCAUUUUUUCUCCCUGUAAGACUGCAACGUUUCUUUGGUUCUCUCACUCUUCCACUCAGAGAAAAUGGGUAGGGCAACAAGGUGGCUCAAAGGCUUGUUCGGGAUAAAGAGAGACAAAGAGAAUUCCAAUUCCAGUGACCGGAAAGACAAGAAACGGUGUAGUUUGGGUAACUCCGGCAGAGACUCUAGGGGCUUGUGUCAUAACCCGGAGACCAUACCACCUAACAUAUCGCCUGCAGAGGCUGCUUGGCUAAAAUCAUACUACACAGAAUCAGAGAAGGAGCAGAACAAGCACGCAAUUGCGGUAGCGGCAGCCACGGCGGCGGCGGCUGAUGCUGCAGUGGCUGCUGCGCAGGCGGCGGUGGCGGUUGUCAGGCUUACCAGCCAUGGAAGAGGCACUAUGUUUGGCGGUGGACAUGAGAGGUGGGCUGCUUCGAAAAUUCAGACCGUCUUUAGGGGAUAUUUGGCCAGAAAAGCCCUGAGAGCACUUAAAGGACUGGUGAAGUUACAGGCACUUGUUAGAGGCUAUUUAGUGCGCAAACAGGCCACUGCAACUCUUCACAGUAUGCAGGCACUUAUUAGAGCUCAAGCCACGGUUCGGUCCCAGAAAGCUCGCGGGCGCAUGAACAAAGAAACUAAUAGAUUUGAAUUCCGAGCACGAAAAUCCAUGGAAGGAUUUGAUGACACUAGAAGCGAUAACGCAGCUCCAAUCCACAGCAGAAGGCUAUCAGCUUCAUUGGACACCACCAUUAACUCCAUUGACGAGAGCCCAAAAAUUGUGGAGGUCGAUACUGGCAGGCCUAAAUCAAGAUCUCGCCGAACAAACACUUCAGUUUCAGAUUUUGGCGAUGACCCACCUUAUCAAACACUCUCUUCUCCACUACACACAAGUCGGCUUCCCGGCCGCUUAUCGAUACCCGAUUGCCGGAACUUCCAAGACCAUGAUUGGGGCUUAACCGGCGAGGAAUGUAGGUUGAUCUCCACCGCACAAAGCACCCCGCGCUUCGUGAACUCCAUUAAUUCACCUGUCACACCUGCUAAGAGUGUAUGCGCUGAUAACUCCUUCCGGGGGGGAUACGGGAAUUUUCCGAACUAUAUGGCGAAUACUCAGUCUUUUAGAGCCAAGUUGAGAUCCUAUAGCGCUCCUAAGCAAAGACCUGAGCCGGCGCCAAAGAAAAUGCUUUCGCUUAAUGAAAUGAUGGAGUCCAGGAGUUCCCUGAGCGGGGUUCGGAUGCAACGGUCGUGUUCACAGGCUCAGGAAGCCAUUAGUUUCAAGAAUGCAGUAAUGGGGAAGCUUGAGAGAUCCUCAGAGUUUGUCAGAGAGCCAGAGAGAUAUUACUUGCAGAAGAGGUGGUGAAUGCAAGUAGAGAGCAUGAGAUGGACAAGAGAUCGAGCUGCUAUCAUUGCUUCUGAGUUGUUGUUCUUCACUGUCUAUAGCUCUUGGACCUUUUAGAUGGUAAUGAGAUAAAAUAGUUUGAUAGAAGAGAAGAAAAAGUGUGUAGAUUUAUAAAUAUGAUCUAAUUGAAUGUCCACUGUGUUGGAUUCAGAUGUUGGUAACUUUCUGAUGGAAUCAUCCUUUCCAUAUUUAAUCAAAUCAUUUGCAAUUUCUAAUGUUACUA